AAAGUCUCUUCCUUGUGUACAUAGUGGGUAUAGGUGUCUAUGUCUCUGUCCUACCCUGCUCUAUCUGACAUUAAGUGUCUGACACUAAGGAGAUGUGUGGCUAGAAUUGUUCUUUUCAGUAAUUCUGCUAAUCUGGUACAUACCAAGGAGGACAGAUAAUGCCCAGGAUCUCUAUAUUCAUAGUGUCUAAUUCUUUUUAACUACACUGGUAACAUAAGUCUAUCUCUUAUAGUUACUUUUAUCAUAACAGCAAAAAAAAUGAAUUAUUUGUAGGGCCAAAUACAAGCUCUUUAGGCAUAUGAAGUGGGUUAACAAGGGUGGCUCAGCGUUAAGUUAUGCCAGAGCUGAGUCCAAAUUUUAUUCCGGUACAGGGAUGACUUUCUAUGUGGCCUCUCUGGCUCUGGAGCUAAUUUGGAUGCUGAGUAGCCCCACAGGUAUUUAUAUGUAGUGUUUGGUAUUUUUACUGGGUUCUAUUCUUCUCCCUUGGAUCACCUAAAAUGGUUAAGAAUUUUCUAGUGGGAUUAAGGUUGUGAUCUCUGGGGAGGGGUGGGCCAUCUGCUCUUGGUUAUUUUUGUGUUAGCCGCUUCCCCUUAAAUGUAUGUUCACAAAUGAGCCACAGCCUUAUCAGCUGUGGUCCAGGGAGGACUGGUCUAGGUAUUGCUCCUGAACUUGGUAUCUGAGCCAUGGCUUCCCAAAGACACUCAGGUCCCUCCAGGUACAAAGUGGGCACCAUGGCUGAGAAGUUUGACUGCCACUACUGCAGGGACCCCCUGCAGGGGAAGAAGUACGUGGAGAAGGACGGCCACCACUGCUGCCUGAAGUGCUUCGACAAGUUCUGCGCCAACACCUGUGUGGAGUGCCGCAAGCCCAUUGGAGCAGACUCCAAGGAGGUACAUUAUAAGAACCGCUACUGGCAUGACACCUGCUUCCGCUGCGCCAAGUGCCUGCACCCCUUGGCCAAUGAAACUUUCAUGUCCAAGGACAACAAGAUCCUGUGCAACAAGUGCACCACACGGGAGGACUCCCCCAAGUGCAAGGGUUGCUUCAAGCCCAUUGUGGCAGGAGAUCAAAACGUGGAAUACAAGGGAACCGUCUGGCACAAAGACUGCUUCACCUGCAGCAACUGCAAGCAAGUCAUCGGGUCUGGAAGCUUCUUCCCUAAAGGGGAGGACUUCUACUGCGUGACUUGCCACGAGUCCAAAUUUGCCAAGCAUUGCGUCAAGUGCAACAAGGCCAUCACAUCUGGAGGAAUCACUUACCAGGAUCAGCCCUGGCAUGGCGAGUGCUUUGUGUGUGUUACCUGCUCUAAGAAGCUGGCUGGGCAGCGUUUCACCGCUGUGGAGGACCAGUAUUACUGCGUGGAUUGCUACAAGAACUUUGUGGCCAAGAAGUGUGCUGGAUGCAAGAACCCCAUCACUGGGUUUGGUAAAGGCUCCAGUGUGGUGGCCUAUGAAGGACAAUCCUGGCACGACUACUGCUUCCACUGCAAAAAAUGCUCCGUGAAUCUGGCCAACAAGCGCUUUGUUUUCCAUCAGGAGCAAGUGUAUUGCCCCGACUGUGCCAAAAAGCUGUAAAGUGACAGGGGCUCCUGUCCUGUAAAAUGGCAUUGAGUCUUUUCUUUGUGUCCUCACCCUCUGCCCUGCACCAUCCAUAGGGGGAGAGUGGUCUUUCACCUCUUCAAAAUUGUUCCUGUCUUUUUUCCCAUUUUACAGUAUUACUCAAGGGCACACAGCGAUCAUUCUAGGAUUUAGCAAAACCAACUCCGCAGCGAAGUGAAUUUUGCGAUGGCUGCAGUUAAAAAACGAACACUUAGAUAGAUUGACUCUUCUGCAUGUUUAUCAUAGAGCAGAAAAGUGCUAACCAUUUAGCUGCUUAGUGAUGUGAGCAAGAAGCCUAAGAGAUAAAGCUCCCACUGAGAUGCCCUUCGUCACUCAGCUGGGACCCACCGUGUCAUCAUACGACACAAGAGUUGGAGCGGCUGCUCCAACUCGCUGCUCACCCUGUGUUCUGUGAGCAGAAAGAAAACUUAUCGAAAUGCAUGGUUUAACUUUCUCAUCAAAACCUUCCUUCUGUUCUUUUGUGCUUUUGAUGGACUAAUGCGAAUUUCUAGAAAAUUAACAUUUGAACUUAGCUGUGAUUCUAAGCUGACCUUUCCCCUGUACUAACCUUUGAGUUCCCUGCGUGCCAUGUUUUCUGAAAGUCCCUGCCUCCAAGUGUGGGACAUGCAGGUGAUAUGACAAGUGUAGGCAGAUCUGAGAGAACGAGCCUGUUUCAGAGGAACAUCGUCACAGAGAAUACUUCUGGAAGCUGAACAAAACUAACCCAGCUGCCGUGUUUUUUAAAUUACUAAUGUUUUGUUUUCAUUAAUAGCAACAUAGAUUAUGAGUUUGGAGACUUGCAUGAAAAUAUUUUAGCCCCUAAACGUUCCUGCAGUUUUGACAUCAUCCUACAUAAAACUCUAGAGGGGUAGCUAAGCAGGCUCCAGGACUGGCAUUGACAUAGAUGUGACACAAACAGUGGCGAGUUGAAUCCCCUGUAACAUAGUGGUUGUCUGCUUUGUCCCUGUGUUAAAGAGGCCUGCCAGUGUCCCUUCUCUUGUAAUUCUUUGGACUGUUCCUCAAGAGCUCAGCUGUAUCUCUGGGGGGUGAGGAAGUCACCGUCCUCACAGGCAGGUUUCCAUGUAGUGCUCACCUGAGAUGCUGGAUCACCUACUUACUGUAUUCUAGCUACAUUGUUAUAUUACAUAGUAGAAUGAGAUGAUGUCAAAGUGAACAUGUAAUGACAACACAUAUUAACAUUCUCGUAGCCGUGGUUAGAGGAGCUGAUGCCUCAUUUCUACAUUUUGUCAUUAGCUAAUAUCAUCUAAUGUUUCAGUGUAUUCUUACAGAAAUAAAGCAGCAUAUAAAUAA